ACGCAGUACUAAAUCACUGAACUGACACUGAUAGUUUAACAGUGUCUGAAAAGUUUACAUAAUUGUUUUAAAAUAACUGAAGACACCAGUUAGGCAGCUGCACAAUCAAAACUAAUGAAGGUAUAAAAUGAGAAAGGACCAAGUACUGCAAAGGAAUAAGCAUCCAGCUGGAUUAUAUACAGUUUGAAAAUUAUGGAGACAUUCAGCUCCUGUACUUCACAGCAACUGCAAGGUAUUGCAUUCAGGAUCGUGCUGGUCUUUUAUUUCUGUAGUACAGUGUUGUCGCAAUGCAGGAUUCUUCGAUGCAACUCUGAAUAUCUUUUUGCCACCAACCAUCUUGACGAUUCUUUGAAUGAGGAUUAUUGUGUUGCUUUACGAUCAUACUCACUCUGUACCCAACGAACUGCUUGGUUCUGCCGUGGUGACCUGGUAUACCAUUCUGCUGUGCAAGGAAUUGAGGACUUAAUGAUCCAGCAUAAUUGCUCCAAGGAAGGAGCAGUUUCAUUACCUCGUCCCCGUGUCCCAGCAGAUAAUCAGGAGAAUUUACACCUGCCAGACACCUGCAAAUAUGAAAAGAGCUUUUACUUUAAACAACGCCAGAAACCCACUUAUCUGCAUUGUGACGUCUUUGGGAAUCUCCACAUCAGGACAUUUUACAAUGAUUUUCAGACAUGUCGAGUUCAGGGUGCAUGGCCAGUGAUUGACAAUAAUUACCUUUCUGUACAAAUGACUAGUGUGCCUAUCUCACCACAUCAGAAUAUAUCAGCAAUCAGCAAGGUUACUGCUAUUUUCAAGAACUCCAAAGAAUGCAUUGAUCAGAAAGUGUAUCAAGCUGAAAUUGGCAAUAUUCCAGCUGCAUUUGUAGAUGGGUCUGUAAAUGGUGGUGAUAGAAAUGGGGCCAACAGUCUUGUGAUCAAAGAAAAGUUUGAUGCUGGCCAUGUGGAAAUCCAGGCGAGUUACAUCGGUACAACUCUGUUAGUGCGCCAGGUGGGACAGCAUCUGGGCUUUGCCAUCCUCAUGCCUCAGGAAGUAGUAAGCUCGCAUACAGAGGAGCAGGAUCAGCAGCUCUGUGUAUCAGGCUGUCCUUUCACAGAAAGACUUCCCUUGAACUCCCCCACUGACACUGAACAAGGGGCCAAAGCCAAAUGCAAAGAGAAACUGCAGGUGGAAGAUAUCUACUUUGAAUGUUGUGUCUUUGAUAUCCUGAUGACUGGUAAUCCCAAUGUUUCAUUAGCAGCAUUCAAAGCUGCGGAAGAUGCUAAAACUUUGCACCCUGACAAGGCGACAUUUCAUGUGUUCAAGAACAGUGUGUCUGGCAGGCCGACCAUCUGCGGCAUGUUUCUUUUGGCUUCUGUGCUAUGGCUAGUGUCACUGCAGUAAGCAACUUCCUGUAAUGUCUGGAGCUUUAAAAGACAGCCAAUGAGUAAUUCUGAACACAGAAUUCAUUGCUGCUCCCCACACUGAGUAGUCACGUGCAAACCACAAACCCGAUCCUGAAGUUUCUCACUUCUCAUUUUGUUCAACCACUUUUGACAUCAACACAAAACAUCUAUGUGUUGGAGCCUCUUCCAAAUACGACAAGACCUUCCAGAAUAUGAAAAUACUUAACUGUUGCUCCAUUUUUAAAAUUAUCAUCUCAUAUAAUAAUGCACUUAGUUCAAACUGUUAAAUACCCAAACACGCUAGCUGAUCGCCUAGCAAUAUUAUUGUUAGACUAUUAAUCCAGAAACUCAGGUAUUGAUCUGGGCAACCAUGUUUGAAUCCCACUAUGGCAGAUGGUGGAAUUUCAAUUCAAUUUUUUAAAAAUCUGGAAUUAAUAAUCUACUGUUCACAAUGAAAUCAUUGCCGAUUGUUAGAAAAACCCAUCAGGCGGACUAAUGCCCUUCAGGGAAGGAAGUCUGCCAUCUUCAGCUGUUCUAGCCUACAUGUGACUCCAGACCAACAGCAAUGUGGUUGACUCUCAACUGCCCUCAAAAAUGGCCCAGCAAGCUGUUUAGUUGCGCCAAUUGCUACGAAGUCUCAAAGAAAUGAAACCAGACAGUUCAGUUGGCAUUGACCUAGGCACCAGAAAAGACAAUGGCAGAAACAGCCCUGUCAACCUGCAAAGUUCUCCUCACUAACAUUAAGGGGCUUGUGCCAAAAUUGGGAGAGCUGUCUAUCUGACUAAUUAAGCAACAGCCCGACAUAGUCCUACUCACAGAAACAUACCUUACAGACAAUGUCCCAAACACCUAUGUUCUGUCCCACCAGCAUGACAGACCCAGCUGGGGUGGUGGCACGAUGGUAUACAGUUGGGAGGAAGUUGCCUUGGGAGCCCUCAGCAUUUUCUCUAGGCCCCAUGAAGUCUCAUGGCUCCAGGUUAAACAUGGGCAAGAAAACUUACUGCUGAUUACCACAUACUGUCCUUCUUCAGCUCAUGAACUGGUACUUCUCCACGCUUAGAGGAAGCACUGAGAUAGUAAGUACACUAAAAUGUACUCUGGAUGGGUAUUUCAAUGUCUACCACCAGGAGUGGCUCGGCAGCAGUACCACAGAUUGAGCUGAUUGAGCUAUGUCCUAAAAGACAUAGAUGCUAGACUGGGUCUGUGGUAGGUGGUGAGAGAACCAACGAGAAGGAAAAGGAAACUUGACGUCAUUCUCAUCAAUCUAGCAGCUGCAGAUGCAUCUGUCCAUGGCAGUACCAGUUAGCAUGACCACGGCACAAUCCUUGUGGAGAUGAAGUCCUACAAUCACAUUGAGAAUAACCUCCAGCCUGUUGUCUGGCACAAUCACUGUGUUAAAUGGGACAGACUUUGAACAGAUGUAGCAACUCCAGACUAGGCAUCCAUGAGGUUCUGUAGGGCGUCAGUUGCAGCAGAAUUGUACUCCAGCACAAUCUGCAACCUCGUGGCCUGGCAUAACCCUACUCAACCAUUGCCAUUAAGCCAGGGUAUCAACCCUGGUUCAAGGAAGAGUGCAGGAGGGCAUGCCAGGAGCAGCACCAGGCAUACCUGAAGAUGAGGUGUCAACCUGGUGAAGCCACCAAACAGGACUACUUCCAACCCAAACAGCAUAAGUGGCAAGUGAUAGACAGAGCUAUUUGACGCCACAACCAACUAAUUAAAUCUCAGCUCUGCAGUCCUGCCAAUCCAGUCGUAAAUGGUGGUGGAUGAUUAAACAAUUCACUGGAGGAGGAGGCUCCACAAAUAUCUCUAUCCUCAAUGAUAGAAAAACCCAGCACAUCAGUGUAAAAGAUAAGGCUGAAGCCCCAUUCACAGUGAUGUUCAGCCAGAAGCAUGGAGUGGAUGAUCCAUCUCAGCCUCCUCCAGUGGUAUCCAGCAUCACAGAUACCCAUCAUCAGCCAAUUCAAUUCAUUCCACAUGAUAUCAAGAAACAGUUGGAGACACUGGAUACUGCAAAGGCUACGGGCCCUGACAACAUUCUGGCAAUAGUACUGAAAACUUGUACUCCAGAAUUUACCAUUCCCCUAGCCAAGCUGUUCCUGUACAGUUACAAUACUGGCAUCUGCCCAACAAUGUGUAAAAUUGCCCAGGUAUAUCCUGCACAUAAAAAAGGACAAAUCCAACACACCAAUUACCAGCCUAUUGGUCUAUGCUAAAUCAUCAGUAAAGUGAUGGAAGGUGUCAUCAACAGUAUUAUCAAGUAGCACGUGCUCAGCAAUAACCUGCUCAGUAAUGACCAGUUUGGAUUCUGCCACGGCCACUCAACUCCUAACCUUAUUGCAGCUUUUGGUCCAAACUGAGACAAAAAAGCUGAAUUACAGAGGUGAAAUGAGAAUGACAGCCCUUGACAUGAAGGUGAUGUUCAAUGGAGUUAGGCAUCAAGGAGACCAAGCAAAACUGGAGUCAAUGGGUAUUGGGGGAACAAUCUCCGCUGGUUGGAGUCAUGCCUGACAAAUAGGAAUAUGGUCAUGGUUUUUGGAGGUCAGUCAUCUCAGCUCCAGGACAUUUUCAUCAAUGACCUUCCCUCUAUCAUAAGGUUAGAAAUGGGGAUAUUUGCCGAUGAUUGCUCGAUGUUCAACCACCAGUCGCAACUCUUCUGAUACUGGAACAGUUCAUGUUCCAAUGCAACAAGAUCUGGGCAAUAUUUAGGCUUAGGUUGACAAGUGGCAAGUAACAUUCAUGCCAUGCAAAUGCCAGGCCAUGGCCAUCACCAAUAAAGGACAAUCUAAUCAUUGCCCCAUGACAUUCAAUGGUGUUACCAUCACUGAAUCCCCCACAAUCAACAUCUUGAGAGUUCAUCUGGACUCACCACAUAAACACAACGGAUACAAGAACAGGUUAGAGGCUAGGAAUACUGUGCCAAGUAACUCACCUCCUGAUUCCUCAAAGCCCAUCCACCAUCUACAAGGCAAAAGUCAGGAGUGUGAUGGAAUACUCUCUACUUGCCUGGAGGACUGCAGCUCCAAAGACACCCAAGAAACUUAACACCAUCCAGGAUAAACCAGCUGGCUUGAUUGGCAUUACAUCUACAUUACAAACAUCUACUCCCUCCACCACUGACGCUCAGUAGCAGUAGUAUCCACAAGAUGCUCUACAGUAAUUGACCAAAGAUCCUCAGAUAGCACCUUUCAAACCCAUGACCACUUCCGUCUAGAAGGACAAGGCUGGUAGAUAAAUGGGAACACCAACAUCUUCAAGGUCUCCUCCAAACCACUCACCAUCCUGACUUGGAAAUAUAUUGCCAUUCCUUCACUUUGCUGGAUCAAAAUCCUGGAAUUCUCUUCAUAAUGGCAUUGGGGGUCAACCAAAAGCAAGUGAACUUCAGCAGUUCAAGAAGUUCAACACCACCUUCUCAAGGGCAAGUACGGGUAGGCGAUAAAUGCUAGCCAGGCAGCAACACCCACCUCCCAUAAAAUGAGUAAAAGGAGAUCCACUCAUGUGCAAUUCUGUUAGAUAUCCAAAACAACAGAGCUUUGUCAUGCAUUCACUCAUUUGCACUGCCAGACAAACACCUAUACACAGAUCCUCAGUAUCUAUGCACCUACAGCUCUAUGUACUUAAGUAUCUGUCUUCUUGUGCAAAGCCCGAUGAAAUUAAAUGUGCACUUAUGUGCAACCUUUAGCAUGCAGAAUGUUUCAAGUAGAAUUUCCAAAUCAAUUUUUAAACUCAGAAAUGUUAUCUCCUAAGCAAUGAAAACUGUAUUAUGGCUGAUGGAUAAUAAUGCCAGAGUUUGGUUGUGACAGAGCAUCUUAAAAUUGCUCAGAGCAUUUAAUGGUGAAGAAGUGGUACUGUAUUGAACUAGGGAAGCUAGAAGUCUUGACUAAAGGUGUGAUCAACCAGAUAGAUCUUAAAAAGACAUUUAAAUUUGAGAGGGAGAAACAUAUAAAUUUAAAGCAUUAAGGCACUGAGACAACUAACCACUUUGCCAAUUAAUUAUGGGAUUGAAGGAGAAGACCAGUGUCAAAGAUUUAAAUUAGCAGAACAUGGUCAUACAGCUUUUAUGAGCAAAUGGUCGGAGUUUUGCAUUAUGUAUAUUUAGCCACAACACAUCUGAAGAAGUGCGUAGUAUGUAGGUGCGGCACGAAGAGGUAUUAUAGUCUAAUGUUGUUCAGCAGCACUCAUGGUGCAACAGAAUUCUUUCUCAUAAAGUUUUCCAGAAAGAAAUCAAUUAAAAAUCAAUUGCAGAAGUAAAUUGGCAUUCAUUCUUAAAGCAAAGGUACAACUAUUUAAAAUAUUUACAGAAAUUGCUGGAGAAACUCAGCUAAUCUGCGAGCAUCUGUGGGAAGAAUAUGAAAGGGGCAUGUAAACACAGAUAAUGGAUAGCAGUUCAGGAUAAAGAAAAAGUUGAAUAAGAGAUAAUAAGAGCUAAGAGUGAGAAAGUAGGAUAGCUAUACUGAAUGUAACCCAUAUAAUGUGAUAAUGGGCUUAGGAUUACAUAGGAAUGCGUGACUGUGCCAAAAACAACCCAUGUCAUAACAGUACUGAGUAUGAAGUCGGUAAAAAUCAUGGAAGGAUGGAAUCAGGCACUGAAGUUGGUGAAUUCAAGACUGAGACCCUGAGGCUGCAGGGUUCCCAGUGUAAAAUAAGAUGUUGUUCUUUCAGCUUGCAAUGAGGCUCACUGAAACACUGCACCAGGGCUUGACAGAAAUAUCAGCAUGGGAAUAUGAUGGUAUGUUGAAGUGGCAGGCAGGCAACUGGAAGCUCAGGGUCAUUUUUGCGGACAGACUGUAGGUGUUCCCCAAAAUGGUCACCCACUCUGCACUUUGUCUCCCCAGUGUAAUGGGGGCUACAUUGUGAACAGUGAAUGCAAUGGACUAAAUUGAAUGAAGUACAGGUGAAUUACUGCUUCAUUUGGAAGGUUUGUCUGGGGCGUUGGAAGCUGAGGAGGGUGUGUGCCCGGGUGGGAUGCUUUUCAGAGGUUAGGUGCAGACUCAAUGGGCUGGAUGAUUUUUUUCUGCACUAUAGAGAUUCUAUGAUUCCAUAAUUAUAAGUUCAUAAUACUUACUUUAACUUUCAGUUUGAAUUUUUUGCUGAAAAAUAAGGCAAAAUGCGGGCAAGUCAUGGGAAAUGGAACAAGUUCACUCAAUGAAUCUUUUAAAAUCUUUUAAAAAUGUGUCAGACAAUAGGUUCCUGGUGCACUUUUCAUGGGAACGCAAAUGAGACAGAGAUAUGGUUGCAGGGUGGUCAUGACUGGGAGUUAAAUAUCCGGGGUAUCAGACUAUUUGCAAGGACAGGCAGGAAGAAAAGGGAGGUGGUGUAUCUCUGACGUUUAUGCAUGACAUCAGGGUGGUAGUGAGAGAUGACAUAGCUUUUGUAGAGAAAAACGUUGAAUCAAUGUGAGUGGAAGUUAGAAAUAGGAAGGGGAAAGAGUCACUGUAGGUGUAUUCUAUAAGCCAUAAAAUAACAACAUCAUGGUGGGGCUGGCAAUAAACAAAAAUAACUGAUGCAUGCAGAAAUGGUAUGACAAUUAUCAUUGGGGAUUUUAAUCUACAUAUUGAUGGGUCAAACCAAGUUGAUCAGGGCAGCCUUGAGGAAGAGGUCAUUGAAUGUAUCUGCAAUAGUUUCCUCAAACACUAUGUAAUGGAACCUAUAUGGGAGCAAGCUUUCUUAGAUCUGGUCUUAUGUAAGGAGACAGGAAUAAUUGACGAUCUCAUCGUUAGGGAUCCUUUCAGAAGGAGUGAUCACAGUAUGGUCAAAUUUAAAAUACAGAUGGAGAGUGAAAACGUGAAAUCCAAUGCCAACAUCUUGUGUUUAAACAAAUGAGACUACAAUGGUAUGAGAGAGGAGUUGGCUAAAGUAGACUCGGAGUAAAGAUGAUAUGAUGGCAAAAAGGAAGACUUUCAAAGUGAUUUUUCACAGUGCUCAGCAAAAGUAUAUACCAGUAAAAAGAAAUGAUUGUCGGAAAAGAGAUAAUCAGCCAUGGAUAACUAAGGAAAUAAAGGAGAGUGUCAAAUUUAAAGAAAAUGCCUACCAAGUUGCAAAGAUUUAUUCAGAAACUAGGGGAUUGGGAAAUCUUUAAAGGUCAACAGAAAGCCAUGAAAAAAUCUGUAAAGAAAAGUAAGAUGGAUUAUGUGCGUAAACUAAUUCAGAAUAUUAUAAACAGGAAGGAAAAGCUUCUACAAAUAAAUAUAUAAAACAAAAAAGAGUGGCUAAAGUAAACAUUGAUCCCUGAGAGGAUGAGAAGGGGCAUUUAAUGAUGGAAAAUGAGGAAAUAGUCAAAGCAUUGGACAGGUAUUUUAUGUCAGUCCUCACAGGAGAAGACAAAAAUAACAUGUCAAUAAAUGAUGAAGAGGAGGUGAGGGCCUACAAAGGAUCAUUGUCACUAAAGAGGUAGUAUUGGGCAAGCCAAUGGGGCUAAAGAUAGACAAGUCUCCUGGCCCUGAUGGAAUGCACGCAGGGUACUAAAAGAGAUGGUGGGUAAAAAAACCAAAUGCACUUAUGGUAAUUUACCAAAAUCUGGUGGACUCUGGGGUGGUUCUGGCAGAUUGGAAAACAGUAAAUUUGACGCCACUGUUUAAAAACGGAGAUAGACAAAAGAUAGACAAUUAUAGACCCAUUAACUUAAAUUCUGUAGUGGGGAUAUACUUGCAUCUAUAAUCAAAGAAGAAAUAGCAAGACAUCUGGAUAGAAAUUGAACCAUUGGACAGUUGCAGCAUAGCAUCAUGAAAAACAGGUCAUGUUAAACUAAUUUUCAGGAAUUCUCUGUGGACAUUACAAGCAUGGUGGACAAUGUGGAAUCAGUGGAUGUGGUGUGUCUGGAUUUUCAAAGGCAUUCGACAAGGUGCCGCGCAAAGGCUGCUGCUUGAGGUAAAUGUGCAUGGCAUUGUGGAUAAUGUAUGAGCAUAGACAGAAGAUUCGUUAACUAACAGAAAGCAAAGAGUGGGGACAAAUGGUCUUUUUCUUGUUGGUGAUUAACGGCUAGUCGUGUGCUUCAGAGAUCAGUGUUGGGAGUAUAAUUGCUUACAAUUUACAUAGAUGAUUUAGAUUCGGGGACCAAAUGUAGAAUAGAAUAGUUUUUAUUGCCAAACAUACUCAAUGAGCACAGUGGAAAGUUUAUACAUCGCCAAUUACAGAGCCAGCUUAGAUACAAAAGUACCUAGGCACAGCUUCUUUAGUUAGUGUAUCAAAGUUUGCAGGUGACACUAAAAUAAAUGGUAGAGCAAAGUGUGCAGAGGACACUCAAAUUAUGCAGAAGAAUAUAAAACAGGUUAGGUGAGUAGGCAAGGUUUUCGCAGAUGGAGCACGAUGUUGGUAAUUAUGAGGCUAUCCAUUCUGGUAUGAAUAACAGCAAAAUGGACUAUUAUUUAAAUAGCAAAAAAUUGCAGCAUGUUGCUGUGCAGAGAUACCUAGGUGUCCUUGUGCAUGCAUCACAACAAGUUAGCUUGCAAAUGUAGCAGUAAUUAGGAAGGCAAAUGGAAUAUUGCCCUUCAUUGCUAGAGGCGUGGAGUUUAAAAAUAGGGAGGUUAUACUGCAGCUGUAUACAGUGCUAGUGAUGCCACACCUAGAAUACUGUGUUUGGUUUUGGUCUCUUCACUUGAGAAAGGACAUAGUGGCACAGGAGGGGGUAUAAAGGAGGUUAAUUAGUUUGCUUUUGGAAUUGAGAGGUUUGGCUUAUGAGGAGGGAUUGAAUAGACUGAGACUAUACUCACUGGAAUUAGAAGAAUGAGGUGAGAUCUUAGAGAAACAAAUAAAAUCAUGAAGGGAAUAGAUAAGAUAGAAGCAGGGAGGCUGUUUCCACUGGUAGGUGAAACCAAAACUAGGGGACAUAGAUACAAAAUAAGGGGGAGCAGAUUUAGGACUGAUUUGAGGAUGAACUUCCCCACCAAAAUGAUUGUGAAUUUGUAGAAUUCCCUGCCCAGUAAGCAGUUGAGGCUACCUCGUUGAAUGUUUGUAAGGCAAAGAUGAACAGAUUUUUAAACAGUAAACAAUGAUCUAGUGGUAUUUAAAGGUUAUGGUGAGUGGGUGGAUAAGUGGAGCUUAAUCCAUGAAAAGAUGAGCUAUAAUUUUACUGAAUAGUGGAGCAAGCUCAAUGGGCUAGACGGUCUAUUCCUGUUCUUAUUUCUUAUGUUCUUAUGAAAUGCUUCAAUCAAUCAGUGUCAUCUUGCCAAUUAAUCAGCAGUCGUUUCCCUUGCAGUACACAUUGUUACACCUUUGGAGAUUUAAUACUCUUGCAACUGUCCUGAUGCAUGCAGGACAAAAAGCUUCAACAGCAUCUCUUUUUUUCAGCAAUGCAUUAAUUCAUAAAAAAUUCAGUAAUUUGGGGUUCUGCGCUGUUAGAACUGAUAAUUUCCGCAGAAGUGUCAAGUAAUUGUUACGUCUGCACUGUAAAAAUUAAGAAAUUGUCACAGAACUUGGGGCUCUAUCUCUAGCUCCUGUAAUGAGAUGAAUCAUGUUCUCAAUGGUAUCUGCUUUUAAACUGUUAAUAUCGUAAUUAUCGACAGUUAUUCGAUCUGUCACAUUGAGGACAUCAGUUUAACUGGGGAAAAUUAUACAAAAACGUACACCCGUCAGAGACAAAAAAAGUACUAACUAAUAACUAAUUAAUUAAUGAUAAUUAAUAACUAACUGAAUGAUUGAAAGCAAACAAAGUGAUCAUUAAUUGGAUUAUGCUUUACCAGACAUCAAUGUUACUGAUUGGGUAACAACUAACUGGAAAAGGAAGAAAAGCUUUCAAUGAGUACAAAGUAAGAUCAUUGAAUCUGGAUUAUUCUGAAUUGUUAUAAUAUAUACUGCUUUCCUGUGUUAUGUGCAGCUGCCUUUGGUACCUGAAUUUUAUAAAUUAAAAUAUAAUUUGAACAAGGACAGGAAAUUGUUUUACUCAAAUAUUAGUUAGGGAGAUAUAUUAAUUGGGGAAGACAAUGAUCUAGUGGUAUUAUUGCUGGAGUAAUCAAUGAGAGAUCCUGAGUAAUAUGUGGGGAUACAAGUUCAAAUUCUACCAUCGUGGAAAUUGAAUUCUAUUUUUAAAAAUUAAUUCUGGAAUUAAGGGCCUAAUGGCAUUGUCAAUUGUCAGAAAAACCCAUCUAGUUCACCAAGGUCCUUUAGGGAAGGAAAUUUCCCAUCCUUACUUCGUCUGGCCAGUAUGUGACUCCAGAUUCACAGAAAUGCCUGUUAACUACCCUCUAGGUCAUUAGGGAUGGGCUAUAAGUGUUACCUUAGCCACAGAUGGCCAUAUCCUGUGAAUGAAUAGAAAAGAAAAUCAUGUUCUCCAUGCAUUAAACCUUAGAAUAACACAUUUUCUUGACUAAUUCAAUGUUAUUUUAAUAUAUUUGAUUUAAAUUGUCAGAUGUUCAAGCUGCCAUUUCCAAACAUAGAACAGUACAGCAAAGAACAGGCCCUUUGACCCACCAUGUCUGAUACAACCAUGUUGCAUUCUGAACUAAUCCCAUUUGCCUGCACAUAGUCUAUAUCCCUCUAUUCCCUGCUUGUUCAUGUGUCUAUCUAAAUGCCUCUUCAAUGUUGCUAAACUAUCUGGCUUUACACGCCAAGGUAAAUAAAUGAAACUUACUCUGUACUAUUCAACUCUGAAUAGAUUGUUGCCCUCCUUCCACCUAUUAAGUGGACAUUUUCUCUUUCUGUACUGAAUCACAGGAACUUAAGAAUAGGUGUGGGCCAUUCUGACCAUUGAACCUGCCCCUCCAUUCAAUAUGAUAACAGCUGAUCAAGCACUUCAACGUCUUUUACCUGCCAAUCCCCAUUACCCUGUUCAUCACUGGUAAUCAAAAAUCUAUCACUCUGUACUUUAAACAUAUUCAAAGACUGUCAUUUACAGGCUUUUGAGACAGAGAAUUCCAAAGGUUCAUAACCUACUGAGUAAAACAAAUUUUCCUCAUCUUCAACCUAAGUCUUAAAUAGAAUCAUGGUGAAACUUACCAUCACACCCACCUAAGCCUCAAAUCUAUCCUCUUAAAUAUCCUACCCAACCCAGUAAAAAGAAGAAAAGUGCUCUUCUCAUCUCAGCAAAAUAAAAUUGGGCCCAUGCACUGGAUCUCCUUCGCCCGCAAAGAGUUGAUUUGGCACUGGCCCAAAAACUUAUCAUCUAACUUGUCGCAUUAUCAUAGAAUCAUAGAACCCCUACAGUGUGGAAAUAGGCUCUUCGGUCCAACAAGUCAACACUGACCCUCAGAGCACCCCACCCAGUCCCAUUCCCCAUAACCCACCUAAUGUGCACAUCCAUGAACACUAUAUGCAAUUUAGCACGGCCAAUCCACCUCACCUGCACAUCUUUGGACUGUGGGAGGAAACCAGAGCACCUGGAGGAAACCCAUGCAAACGUGGGGAGAAUGUGCAAACUCCACACAGACAGUCGCCCGAGAAUGGAAUCAAACAUGGGUCCCUGACAUUGUGAGGCAGCAGUGCUAACUACUGAGCCACCCCGCCAUCCCAUGUGCACUAUUCAGUCUUUCAUGCCCAUUGCUAUUUCCCAUCAACAUCAUCCAUCCCCCUCCUCUCCAUUUCCAUCCACUCACAGUGGAGAAAUGAUUCAUUCUAUGCAUUCUUGUAUUUAAUUCCUCUCCCUUCUCCAUUCCUUUCUCCUGACCUAUUCCUCUUUUCUCCACUCCUUCCUGUCUAUAAUUCUUGCUAUCCAUCACCCACUACUGGAUCCAUUUGAUCUUUACUUUCAACUGACUUAAUGUGAAUACUGGUCAUGGUUUUUACUCCCUGAUUUUAACAUCAGAGGACAGCAAAUAAAAUGGAAUAAAAAUGAAACUGUAAAAGUAACUUUUGUCAAUUUGGAAUAUUUACUGCAUGAGGCAAAGGCUUUGAAAUUCUUAUUUUGGGACAAAACACAUAAUUUAUGACUGCACAGGUAGGAAAUGCAGCAAUCAAGUGAGUUGAGUUUUGCUGGAUUCAUCAACUCCCUCCAGUGGAAAAGGUCUAGCCCUGUGUAGCGGUUACAGAAAACUUUAUGUGCAUAGUAUAUUGAUGAAAUACAACUUCCAUCAUACACAAGUGCUGAUAGACAACAACUGUCAGGAUUCUGGAUAAAGGUUACCUUUGUCUCUUUUAAUUCAUGGAAGAACUGGACAAGAAUUUUCAUAUGUCAGUGAUCCAUCUUCCUGUUGAUCAUUAAAAAACAAAUGUUUUAAGGGCAUACCUCAACUUGCAUUGCAUAAUGUCUUUGUUCCACAUGGAAACUUCCAAUUUGGAAAUAAAAUUCAGGAAAACAUAUUCUCAGAAUCAUGCAUUGCAAGUUGUUAUAUACCUUGGUCUGCUGGAAAAUGAAGUUGAGAAGUAGUAAUGUGGAACAAAGAAAUGGUGGACAAACUUAAUAUGUACUUUGCAUCAGUUUUCAUAGUGCAAGACACCAGAAGCAUUCCAGAACUUCAAGAGAGUCAAGAGGCAGAGGCGAGGGAGUGGCAAUCAGUAAGGAGAAAAUGCUGAGUAGCUAAAAUAUCUGAAGUUGGAUAAAUAACCUGGACCAGAUGGACUACUUCCCAGAGUUCUUAAGGAUACAGUUGAGGAGAAUGUUGAGGCAAUGAUGGUGAGCUUUCAGGAAUCACUGGAAUCAGUGAGGGUCCCAGAAAAUUGUAACACCCCUGUUUAAGAAGGGACAGAGGUGGAAGAUAAAAAACCUUCGGCUAUUUAGCUUGACCUUCAUUGUUGAUAAGAGUUCAGAGUCCAAUAUUAAGGAUGAGAUUGUGGAGUACUUGGAAGUACAUGUUUAAUAGGGUUGAGUAAGCAUGGCUUCAUCAAGGGGAGAUCAUGCCUGACAAAUCUAUUAGGAUUCUUUGAGGAGGUGAUGAGCACAUUGGACAAAUGAGCGCCAGUGGACAUGAUCUGUUUAGCUAUCCAUAAGCCCUUUAGCAAAGUACCGCACAGGACGCUGCUAAAUAAGAUGAGAACUCGUGUGAGGGACAAGCUACUGGCAUGGGUGGAGGAUUAGUUGACCGGUAGAAGGCAGAGAAUAGAAGGGUCUUUUUAAGGAUGGCAGCCGGUGGCGAGUGAAGUUUUGCAGGGACCACAACUUUUCAUGUUGUACAUUAAGUGUCUGGACAAAGGAACUGAGGGCAUAAUUACUACGUUUACAAAUGACAGAAAAGUAGGUGGUGGGAGACAUAAUGUUGAGGAAGCAGGAAGGCUGUAGAAGAACUUGACAGGCUAGAAGAGUGGGCAAAGAAGUGGCAGAUAGAAUAUGUUGUGGGAAGGUGUGAAGCUGUACACUUUGGAAGGCUGAACACACACAUAGACUAUUUUCUAAAAGGGGAAAGGCUUCAGAAAUCUGAAGCACAAAAGGAUUUGGAGUCCCAGUUCACAAGUCUAUUAAGGUUAACAUGCAGGUCCAGUUGGUAGUUAGGAAGGCAAAUGAAAUGUUGGCAUACAUUUUGAGAGGGCUAGAAUACAAAAGCAGAGAUGUACUGCUGAGGCAUCAUAAGGCUCUGGUCAGGCUGCAUUUGGAACAUUGUGGGCAGUUAAGGAAGGAUGUUUUUGCAUUGCAGGGGGUCCAGAGGACGUUUAGAAGAAUGAUCCUCUCAGUAUUCUCUAAAUUUCAAUCAUAUGCUCCUCACCCUUCUAAACUCCAUCACGUACAAAUCUUGUCAAUAUGAUGAACGAUGAACACACCAGAUCUGUACUUGGAGUUUAGAAGGAUGAGGGGGAUCUGAUUGAUACUUACAGAAUACCGAGAGGCCUGGAUAGAAUUAAUGUAAGGAAAAUGUUUCCACUAAUAGGAGACUAGGACCCAAGGGCAGAGCCUCGGAGUGAAGGGAUCACUCUUAAGAACUGAGAUGGGGAGGAAUUUCUUCAGCCAGAGUGUGGAUAGAAGGCAGAGAUAGAUAGGUUCUUGGUUAGGAAGGAGAUCAAAAGUUACAGGGAGAAGGUAGGAGAACAGGAUUGAGAAACGUACCAGACAUGAUUGAACAGUGCAGCAGACCCGAUGGGCUGAAUGGCCUAACUCUGCUCCUACAUAUUAUGGUUUUAUAGCCUUAUGGAAUGUGUUGGAUGGAAAUGUGGUUCAACUGAGACAUUCAAGAGGGCAUUGGAUAAUUAUCUAGAAACUGUGCAGGUUAUGGGCAAACGACAGGACAUUGACACUAACUUAAAAUGCUCUGAGCGCUGGGAGGAAAUUGUUCGCAAAUUGUUGAGUCUCACAAACUUGCUUGAGUUUUUUGAGAAAGUGACAAAGAUGAUCGAAGACAGGGCAGUGGAUAUUGUGUAUGUGGACUUUAGCAAAGCCUUCAACAAGGUCCCACAUGGCAGGCUAAAAUAGAAGGUGAGGUCACACGGAAUCUGUGGUGAGUUGAUAAGCUGGAUACAGAACUGGCUUGUUUAUGGAAGACAGAGAAUAACGGUGGAAGUGUGUCUUUUUGACUGAAGAUCUGUGAAGAGUGGUAACCCGUGUUGUUUGUACUAUGUAUAAUUUUUUGGGAGCACAAUGUAGGUGGUCUGAUUAGUAAGUUUGCAGAUGACACAAAGAUCAAGGAAGCUGUGGAAGUUGCCAAAGGAUAUGGCAGGAUAUAGAUAGGUUGGAGAGAUGUUUGAAGACAGGGCAGAUGGUGUUUAAUCCGUCCAAAUGUGAGGCAAUGAAAUGCGGAAGAUCUAUGAGCAGCUGGCACAAAAGAGGACCUGAGGUCUACGCAGAUCAGCCAUGAUCUUACUAAAUGGCAGGGUGCACUUGAGCAAAUUAAAGUCCACCUCCCACUCCGAUUUCUAAUGUUCUUAUUUGGGAAUUAAAUUCAUAGUUUCGCUGUUUCUUAAUUCUUUUACUGUUGUAGUACGUGACACUAUUCCUUGACCAAAGUAUGUUGUCAUCCAAUCUCAAAUCCCUGGCUGAUACCAGUUUUGAAACUAUCACAGGAGACUGUACAAUGAGGCCAAAAAAAUUCUCAUACAUCAAAUUUUCAUCCUUCCAAUGUGGACUUAUCUCAGCUCCAUGCAGUACAUCCUCAAUUUGCCUGUCUGCUUCUUAGUGAAAUCUUGGAAUAGUUUUAAUGGUAUAGUGAUAAAUGAUUGCUUUCACAGCUUGUACUAUAUGUAGAAAUCCGAAUAUAACUGUUUGGUGAUUGCUUUCAUUCAUAAACAGUUCACAUAAAUAGGUAUCACUGCUACAUUUUCUGGACGGAAAAGCAACAUGCAGAAUGCACAGCAGGUCAAACAGCUACUGAAAGAAACAGACAGUUCGAUUCUGCAUGUAAAUGUCUCAACAGACUUGGGUUUCUCACAAGUUUUCAUAAAAUGACUAAACUUUUCACAUGUCAGUACACUGAAUAUCUGUUGUGAUUUAACAAGAAACAGCAACGUAUGUUAAAACCUUUUCACAUUAGCAAGAAGGUAAUAUUGGUAACAUCAUUUCAACAGUAAACCAUAAUGUGGAGUUAGAGACAGAUUUUGUUUCUGAGAAUCAUUAAGUUAGUUUAAAAUACAAAAACUGCAUGUGAAACAGAUGUGUUUCAUAACAAGGCAAAUCAGAGAGCAGAAGGAUUUAAUUAGAAUCUCUGCAGCAAAACUGGAGAACAAUGCAGCAGUUUUGGGAGAAAUGGCUACCUCAAAACAGUAGGGCAUGAUUCAUUAUUGCACCAAGCAUAACCGGUUGUCAAUAACUGCCAACAAUUAAAACUGAGAUAUUAUUGUAACAUAGUAUGUCUUUCAUUCAAUCUUACUUUUAUGAAGUGUUGUAAUGUCUUGUCUUUUGAAAAAGGAUUUAUUUUAUUCAUCUUUGUGAUGUGAAGACUGUUGACAACAUUUGUAUAUAACACUCAUUCCUAAUUUCCUUGGAGAAUAUGAUGUUGAGCCACCUUCUUUACAAUCCAUUUAGUGCAGACACUACCCAUAAUGUUUAAAUAGGAAUUACAGGAUAUUGACAUGUGUCGAUGAUGGAAUGGCGACAUUGUUCCAGCUAAGGAUUGUGUGUGAUUUGUAAUAGUACUUAGGGGAUGUGAUGUUCCCAUGCAUUUGCUGCCUGGAUUUUUUAAGAGAUCACAGCUUUGAAAGGUGCUGUUGAAGGAGCCUUGGUGAGGUUCUGCUCUAAAUCUAGUAGAUGGUGCACAACUGUUAGUAUGAACUAUUGGUGAAAGCAUUGAAUAUAUAAAGUUGUGGAUGUAGCUUCAGUGAUAAGUGCUAAUCCUGCAACGCCAGUAUAUACAUUGAAUCAGAGUUGGUUUGAUGAUUUGGUAAAUUGAGGAGUAUGCCAGGCUAUGACUUAACAGGUUGAGGUUAAAUGCAAUCUAACUGCAGCUGAUAGCCCAUAGCAUUUGAGAAUGCUUAGUUUUGAGCAGCUAGACCUAUUCUAAAUCCAUCCUAUUUGGCAUGGUGGAAGCAUCACAUAAUAAAAUGGAGGUUGGCCUCCCCGAAAAGGUCUGUGAGGUGGUAAUUCCUAUCAAUAUUGUCAUGGGCAGAUGCAUCUGCAACAGGUAGAAUGUUAUGAACAAAGCUUAGCUCUUUCAGCUGCUGCCAACCCAGCUUGGAAGAUACGUACUCCAAACUCAGCUCCCUCAGUCAGUAGUCAUGGUACCAAAUUAUUCUUCAUGAUCAGCAUUGAAGUAAACCAUCCAAAGUAUAUUCUGUGCUCUUAUUACCUUCAAUGUUUAUUUCAAAUUGUGUUCAAUAUGGAGGAGUGUUGACCCAUUAGCUAAGUGAAGAUAGUGGCUUAGUAAUCCUGAGGUUUCCUUUUAGCAUGCUCGACUUGAUGCCUUAAGACUUCAUGGGAUCCAGGGGCAAUGCUGUUGACAGUCAAGGCAACUCUCUCUUAGCUCAAUACCACUAUGUCACCACUUUAGGUGGACCUGACUGGUCGUAUGACAUGGCUUAUUUGUUGAUGGUAAUAUGUAGUCUGGAACAUUGGCAGCUUGACCAGUCUGUGGGAAAACUCUCCAAAUUUUUAUACAAUCCCCAAGUGGUAGUGAUGAGGAGUUUUCAACAUUUACUUGUAGAAAAUACCUUGACAAAUACCAUUGUUACUUUUGAUCUCCGAGUCAUUGUCUGUGGGUCCGUUUAGUUUUAUUCUUCAUUGACAUUUCUGUGCAGUUUGAAGUAACUGAAUGUUUUUAGAAAAAUAAUUCAUAAGAUGUGGGUAUUGCUGGCUGCAUCAGUAAUUAUUAUCCAUCCCCAAUUGCUUGAGAAAAACUGAUGGCAAGUUGCCUUCUUAAAUGCUGUAUCCAUGUGUUGUAUACACUCAGUGUUAAGAAGGGUGUUCCACAAUUUGAUUAAGGGAAAAUGAAAUAACAUUGAUACUGUUCCAAGUCAAGACAGUGAGUUACGUGGAGGAGAACUGGCAGGUGGUGGUAUUCCUACUUGAUUGCUGUUGUGGACAGACAGAGAUCAUGGAAUUGGAAGAUGCUGACAAAAGAGUCUUGGUGAAUUUUUGCAGAGCAUCAUUUAGGUGGUACAUACCGUUGAUGUUAUACAUCAGUGAUAGAGGGAAUAAUGUUGAAUGUUGUGGGUGGGAUGCUCAUCAAACAUGUUGCUUUAUCCUGGAGGAUGCUGAACUUCUGUUUCUAUUGUGCUACACUCAUCCAGCCAAGGGGACAAUACUGCAUCACACCCCUGACUUUUUCUUUUAAAUAGAUUCACAGGACGAGGGUAUUGUUGACUACGCCAGCAUUUAUUGACCAUUCUAGAGACAGUUAAGAGUUAGCACAUUGCUGUGGAUCAGGAGUCACAUGUACAUCAGACCAGGCGAGGAUAACAGAUCCAAAACAAAGUUGCUGGAAAAGGUCAGCAGCUCUGGCAUCUGUGAAGGAGAAAACAGAGUUAACAUUUUGGGUCCAGUGACCCUUCCUCAGAACUGAUGGUGGCUGGGAAAACAUCAGUUUACAUGCAGAAAAUGGGGGGGGUGGAUGGUGGAAAAUAAGGAGUAAACAAUAGGACACAGUCCAAAGAGACAGAAAGACAGUUGGACAGACAAAGGAGUUGCUAACAAUCAGGCUGGGAGGGGGAGUAGUUGUUAAUAGGGACUGCUAGUGACUAACAACAGGGGGUGUGUAAUGGCAGGCUCCCCACAGUGUUUAUGGUCCAGUUCAGUUCAGUUUCUGGUCAAUGGCAUACCCAGAAUGUCAAUAGUGGACGAAUUUGGCAGUGGUGAUGCCAAUGAAUUUCAUGGACAGAUUGUUAGAUUCUCUCUUUUAAUUUGUUCAUGGGACAUGAGUAUUGCUGGUUAGGCCGAUAUUUAUUGUUUAUAGCUAACUGACCUGGAAAGUUUGUGUAAAGCUGCCUCUUGAACUACUUCAAAUCUUGGGAGUGUAGAGACAACCACAGUAUUGUUAGGAAGGAAAUUCCAGGAUUUUGACCGAGUCACAGUGAAGGAAUACCAAUAUCAUUUCAAGUCAGGAUGGUGUGUUAAUUAGAUGGGAAUUCACAUUUUCCCGUGCUGAUGUUCCCAUGGAUCUUCUGCCGUUGACUUUCCAGGCAGUAAUGGUUAUGGGUUUGGAAGGUGCUAACAGAACAAUUUUGGUGAGUUACUGCUGUGUGUCUUAUAGAUAGUAUACACUAAUAUCACAAUGUGCUAGUGGUUAAGGGAGUGAAUAUUGAAGCUGGUGGAUGAUAUGUCAGUCAAGCAGGCUUGUACAGAAGGUGUCAGGCUUCUUGAAUGUCAUUGAAACAGCACUCAUACAAGCACAUGGAAAGUAUUCCAUCACACUCUUGACUUGUACCUUCCACAUAAAGGCCAGACACUGAGGAGUCCAGAGGUGAAUUAUUCACUGUGAAACUCCAAGCCUGACAUCUUCUUGCAACCACAGUAUUUAUAUGGCAGGUCCAGUUCAGUAUCUGUUUAAUGGUAACUCCCAAAAUGUGAAUAGUACUGGAUUCAGUAAUGGCAAUGUCACUGAAUGUCAAGGAUGGUAGUCAAUACCUGGCACUUAUGUAUGCAAAUAUUACUUGCUACCAUUCAGCCCAAGCCGGAAUGCUUUCCAGAGCUUGUUUCCUAUGGACUUGGACUAAUUCAAUAUCUGAGGUGUUGUGAACAGUGCUGAACAUUGUGCAAUCAUCAGGGAACGUUUCCAUUUCUAAUACAGAAGGGUAGGAACAGUGAUGAAACAGCUGAAGAUUGUAACACCUAGGACACUACUCCAAGGAACGGAUACAGAGACAUCCUGGAACUGAGAUGAUUAACCUCCAACAAGCACAACCAGUGUCCUUUAUGCUAAGUUGCACUCCAAUCAACUAAGUGCUUUACCCUUGACUCCCACUGAUUUUAACUUUGUUAAGGCUCCCUGGUUCUUCAAAUCUACUGUUGGUGACCAUUCCUCGUCUUUUUCUCUGCAGAUCAAUGCAAGAACAUCAGUGAAGAUUUUUCUAAUUUAAGUUUUUUAUUUAAAUAAGGAACAUCUGUUUUAGCGGUGUAUUUUCAUAGAAUCCUUAUGGUGUGGAACGAGGCCAUUCAGCUCAUUGAAUCUGUACAGACCCUCUGAAGGCCAUUCUAUCCAGAUCCAGCACCCUAAACUAUCCCCGUAACCCCACAUUUACCUGCGCACCUCUGGACAUUAUGGGAAAAUUUAUUGUGGCCACUCCACCUAAACUGCACAUCUUUGGACUGGUACAUUCCUGGUAUUCUUUCUCAAGAUAGAUGGUCUUUGAUAAAUUCUCAAGAUGAUUUGAAUUUUCAGAGACUAUUCAAAAUAAUCCAAUUGCUAUGAGCCAUUACUGAGAUCAUUGCAACAGCCUGAAAAGGUAGUUGCCCAAAACUGCAAUAUUUCAUAGGGAAAAGGAAUGUGAAUAGAAAAAUAUACAUUUGAAUAGAUGUCAAGAGAGCACUUUUGGCAGAACAAAAUGUAUACCCCAAUCUUUCUCUUCUCUGGAACAAAAUUUUAAAAAUAAAUCUUGUUCAGCAUGCUCAGAGAUGGUAAGAACUAGAGAUGCUGGAGUCAGAGAAAACACAGUGUGGACCUGAAGGAACAUAACAGGCCAUGCAGCAUCAAAGGAUGAUCCACACUGUGUUAUCUCUUGUUCAGCGUGCAAUGUAAUGUUAAUCGUCUAUCACUAGGAGGAAGACUUCUGAGUAUUCAUCAACUAAAUAUACAAGAAAUAAUUAAACUUUUAUAUCUAUUCUGGUUGAAAAUCAAAUCAAAAAUGGGAAAAAGAUCCAUUCAUUGUUAUCAGUACUCUGUUAUUUCUCUGUCACAAAACAUUAUGUGCUAAUGCACAAUCAAGUACAACACAAAUGGUUAUAGAUUGGGAUUUAAACAAUUGAACCAAUUGAGUGACCCAGUUGUACAUUAACUAGUUUUCAGGGAAAUAAUUUUUCUAAUCACGGAUGUUCAUGUCCUUUCAGCAAGUAAAAAUUGCUGUGAAAACUGCUGUUAUAAGGAUUGAAUAGGACAAAGGUGUGCUCAUCAUAUUAACCUCAUUAUUGCAAUAUUGCCCCACUGAAUUAAUAAGUGACAGGUUCCUGUUUAUCUAUGCACAGGAACUUGCCUGGUAAAAUUAAUACAUGAUAAAUUACGACUAGACACUUUGUAGAUUUUCUGCUAUUUGAAACAGACUGAUAAAACAUUUGUCCACCUCGAUCAGAGAAAAGGAAGAGUAUAAACUGUCGCUCAAUGUGAGAGGAUAACAUAUAGUUUCAAUUUUAAUUUUGAAAAAAAUUUUUUUGAUUUGUACCAGCAACGAGCAAAAAUUUACCAGUGCCACACCAACAGCUUAAACUAAUGGAAACGUAUUGCUUUGGCAGGUAAAGUCUCCAUAGUUCCAGCAGAGCAUUGGGCUGUUUUCGUUAGAAACAGACAACUGGUAAUGGUUUAACCUGAUGGUCACCACACCUCAGGCAAAGAAUGAGGUUGAGAAGGUGGGACCUUCACGGUAACCUCUUAAAUAUAAUUUAAUAUUAAAGUUUAAUAUUAUUCAACUUGCAAAAGUUGAUACAGAUGGCAAUUCGUACAACAACAUGACAAUGUCAUAAUUUGUAGUUUGUUUAAAAAUAUGACGUCUCAGAAUUUUACCAUCCAGUCUCAGUAAUCCAUUUUGAGAAAAGAAAUCUAGUAUCAAAGAGAACCAUGAGCCUUUGUAUUUUUGAUAUUGGUUUUUUGCUAUAUAACAUUGGUAUAUUUUAGGUCAUUGUGCUCAAAAAUAUUGGGAGUAAAUAUCUCUACUUGCAUUGCUCUGUCUGCUGCCAAUUAUAAAGUCUAUCGGUGAGAUUUUGGAUUAUAAUCUCGCAGUAAAAAUAAAGCAAGUAUGCAUUUUAUAUAUGUUUCAUUAUAUUUUCUCCACUCUAAUAAUAAAACCAUUAAACAGUAUCCAGAUUAUUCAACAAAGCAAUAGCUCAAAAUGUAGGCCCAACGGAAUCAACACAGAGCAUUUGCAACUAAUGCUGUUGCCACACUGCAACCUGCUAUGUCUUUGAAUAUGCUGAAUGCUCUAUUUUCUCACUGUUUCGCAAUAAACUUUAACAAUCUUAUGAGUCACUAAAUCAGUCUUUGUGCCAGUCAUCUGCAGUACAUGACGCUCAAUCACUACAAUCUGCCUUGUUUUAGUGUGGAAUUUAUCAUAUUAAUUGGUCAUAUGGACUACAAAUUUUUGUAAAGACUUAGUUGUCGCAGUCUGAAAUCCGUUGAUAGACAGAUAAUCUUUUAUGACAUUAAGCAACGUCUCUCAGUGAA